GUUUUGACAAUUUAGUUUUCAUUUAAAGUGCAGAACUAAAUGCAACCAUAAGGUUUCCGGUGGGCUCUAUUAUGGUGGCGUACCCAUAACAAACCGGACGCAAGAUGUUUACACCGACUUUCCACUCAUUCUAUGUUACCUACGUCCACUUUUAAGUGUUAAUUUCACAUUUAGAGGGGACAUCCGACUCGCAAACAUGUCUCAAAAUCUUUUGACAGGCAUGGAGACGUCCGCUGUUUCUGUACUGAAGAGGGCGGUGGAGUUGGAUCAAAGUGGCCGCUUCCUGGAGUCUCUUAUCUGCUACCAAGAGGGCGUCCAGCUGCUUAUAGACGUCCUAAAAGCAGUGACCGAUGAGUCAAAGAAGGGACACUACAGGGAGAAGAUCAAAGGAUACAUCAACAGAGCAGAGCAAAUUAAAGCCCACGUGAACCAAAUGAAAGAAGACGGGAAGUACCACGAACAGAUCAGGAUAGCUGAGGACGCCACAGGUUACAGCUAUGAAGCAGUCUUCAAGCCUUACAUCAGCGGCUCACUGACAGAAGCCUGGGUGGAAGAUCCCUACAUACGACACACCCACCAGCUGUACAACUUCCUGCGGUUCUGCGAGAUGUUGCUCAAAGCAUCCUGCAAAGUGAAGACCAUCCAUCUCCUCACCUCGUCAGAUGAAGCUGAUGCUAGCCAACAGAGAAGCGCUAUGGCCGAGCUGAAGGACAGCCUCAACGCUCAUGGCGUCACUCUGGACCUGCAGUACUCCUCCACCAUCCAUGACAGGGAGAUCAGGUUUGAUAACGGCUGGAUCAUCAAAAUUGGAAGAGGGCUGGAUUACUUCAAGAGACCCAAAGGCCGAUUCUCCGUUGGAUAUUGUGACUACGACCUGAGGCAGUGCCACGAGACCACAGUAGACAUUUUCCACACAAAACACACCAAAACUCUAUGAGGAAAUAUUUCCUUAUUUUAAAAAAAUAUGUCAUGUUGAUUUGUCUUACCCAUUAUCGUGUAUAACAAAAAUUUAACCUAUUCAUCUUUUCUUUGUGCUCUUGAAAAAAAGUGGUGUUUCUAUCUUUUGGUGAAAUCUUUUAAUAAAAGGUCUUAAUUAUCAUUCUUAAAUCCUUUGAAUAGCCUCUUGUUAAUUGCAGUCAAUAAUUACAAUGUAGAUUUAUUACUAUUAUUGUAAAAUGUGAUGCUAAUUCAGUCUACACUGAAUUGUCAAAUAGAGACA